AUGGUAAUGAAAACAGAUGGAACAGUUAUGAUAUUCUUGUGCAUCUUUCGAAUCCUGCCAUUAUUUAUAACUUUCUGGUGUGUUUGUUCAUUUUCACCAGAUUUAUCAUCGUUUGAUGCAUAUGGUGUCAAAAUUGCUGCUAACGACGUUCUCAUAGUGGAAUCACUUCCUUCGACUUUUUCAUUUCUUGUUCGUCUUGCUCCUUUCGAUUAUUCAUUUUCAUGUACAAUUCCCUACAAUAAUGCCAAUCAAUACGUAUUUGCUGUCGCAGUUGAUCCCGAAGGAACAUAUAAUAAUCCUGUUCGUUUUGUUUUUAUUGGAAUUAACACAUUAACAAAGGUACCAUUUAUUGGAUCAUUAACGUAUGUCGGUGUCACAGGUGAUGCUUUUGUAUCAGCAACAAAUGGAUCACGAAAAGCGAGUUUUUCAUGUGUUGGAUGGCAGACAAAUAAUUAUCGUUUGCAUCAAUUUUCUCAACUUGUCACAACUACUGAUGACACGAUUAAUAGCGAUUGUUUCGUUGUUACCAUCGCGUACUAA